CCGCCGCCGCAAGCGUCAGUGCGCCGUGCCGAGAUCAGCCUUGUUUGACCUCAGCCACCUCCGCGCUGGCACCGACUGAUGCGCCCGACACUCUUCACUACACCCUCCCUCACUCUCUUCGCCCUACAUCACCCGAAGGCGCGUGCCUAUCUCUACCCCGCGGAACUGGAUAUGAACACUCUACCACUCGACCUUUGCACACUUCUACUACACCAGACACAGACAUCCCUUCAACUACAACCCGCGUCAUCGCGCUCCAUUCAUCCCACUUCCACAUCUCGAACAAAGAGCGUCCGCCUGCGACCCUCUAGAUAAUCUUCUCCCCAUACAGAACACCCCACUACACCUCAAAUGUCGACAACUCAGAUCACCGCCUCUCCACGAGCGCCCCGCGGAAAGCCGCAGAGCCCAGCUCAGCUGCCCCAAAACAACAACGCCGGAAGACAGUCACAAAGAAAACCACGGAAUAACCGCGUGCAAAAUGGCUACAAUCAGCGCAACGGCCUACCUGUAUCCCCGAGCAAGAAUUCUGCACAAGGCGCCCUCGCCGAAAGUGUCACCUUCCCCUGUGAAGAUGGUCACAUGUCUGCCGGUUCGCGCGGCAUGAAGAAGCACACUCAGCCGAAACCUUCUGAUCGCGUCUCUCCGCCUGCCGAAUCGGACCCCGUUCCUAUUAACCCGUCUGCAACUCCUAUCAAAAUCCAGGCCGCUUAUGCUGGGCCCACCUUUCACGCGUCUCCGGCGCCUUCUGCUUUGCCCAUUCCCAAGUUUCUUUCUCGUUCUGUGCCCGCAAAGACCCGUGCUGGCCCACCAACCCCUCCGCCUGAAGACAGUUCUGACUCGGGCUCACUGAGCCCUUCUGCUUCUCCUUCUCGUGCCCCGAUGGCUGCGCCUCCACGCCAUGAGCAGUCUCCCUUGGAUCUUCUCUUCAGGGCCGAUGCAGCAGAGAGGGCCAACAACCAAAACAGAGGUCUUCCUUCAAACAGCCCGUUUGUAGCAGUAAACCCCGGGCGAUCUCAUCACUUCAAACAUGACUCUUACCAUUCACUCAAUGGCAUCUUCCCUAUAGAGCUUGACGGGGAGAGCAAGCAUGCGCACAUGUCCCCCGCACCUCCAGCAGCAUCCACCUCACAGCGCUCCAUGACCGAUCCCGAUGGCGUCCCUCAACUCAAAGACGUUCACCAGCAAGGUAAUGGAAACGAUGUCAUUCAAGACCUGUUUAGUCGACUUUCCAUGUCACAAAAGAAACCCACUGCUGCAACACCACCUCGGGCAGGUGUUCACGGCCCACCAGGACCUCAAGCACAUCUAUCGCCCUCGCCUUUCCAUGACGGUCGGACUCCUGGACGAACGGCAUCUGGUCCCACUACCCCUCAAGCACAGCCCACAAACCAGGACCCGUCCGACUUUUACUACGGUAACAAGAACCUUUCUCCACUGUUCAAGGCAGCCCAGGGCGACUCGGCCAAACGCAACUCGGGCCUUCGCACUGAAAUCAGUGCUGAUUCCCCAAUGCUUCAGCAAGAUGGGUUCAAGGGUUUUGCGUCUGUUUCUCAGCCUCACCCAAUGGGACCCAACGGCUUCCCCCAGGGCAAUGGAGCAACACCGAAUGCACCCCGUCAGGCAGGCCCUUCCAUGCCGCCUUACCAACAAAGCCCAAAUCAAAGGCGCACGCCUGGUAGACAGCCACACCAGCGUCGUCCUGACAAUUACCAAACAAGGGGCCAGAGGACUGGAUCUGGAUCUGGUCCUGGACCCAAGUUUGAUAAAGCAGCCGCCAACGGCUCUCCUGCGUCUGCACCGAAAUCUUCUACCACCAUGAUGUCUUUUGUCCCUUCGUCGGUCGCUGCUAAGCAGCGCAAGACCUCUGCACCCACGGCACCCACAGCUGCCCCGGCGAUGAAGACAUCCACCCCUUCUGAAACUUUAGCUUUGGAGCAGGAUCUCAAGCGUUUGCUUAAUCUCAACACGGCCGGCGAUGCCUCAACCGUGAGGUAGACUACUUUCUACCUGUCCAUAUUCGCGCAUCUUUCAUUCUACUUACUAGUGUUUUCAUAUACACACUUUCUUUGGUCUAUA